AUGACGUUGAGAUUCAGGUUCAUGUUCACAAUUGACGUCUAUGUUGAUGUUGACAUUGACGUUGACGUUGAUAUUGACUUUUACGAUGUUGACAAUAGUAUUGAAGUUGAUGUUCACUUUGACAUUGAUAUUGACGUUGACGUUGACAUUCACACUAAUGUUUAUGUUGAGGUUCACGCUAAUGUUUAUAUUUAUGUUGACGUUCAGGUUUACGGUGACCUAGACAUUGACGUUCACAUUGACGUUGAUGUUGAAGCUGACGUUCAUACUGACGUUGACGUUUACAUUAAUGUUCAACUUGACAUUCACAUUGACGUUCACUGUGAUGUUUACGUCGAUGUUGACGCUGAAGUUUACAUUCACGUUCUCGCUGAUGUAUACAUGUACAUUGACAUUCAUGUUCACGUUGACAUUGACAUUGAUAUUUACGUUGACAUAGACAUUGAGGUUCACAUUGAUGUUGUCGUUAACGCUGAUGUUCAUAGUGACGUUGAUGUUGAUGUUGACGUUCACGUUGCUAAUGACAUUGACAUUGAGGAUCAAAUUGACGUUGACAUUGAUGUUGAUUUUGACGUUAAUGUUGAUGUUGCCAUUGAUAUUGAUGUGCUGAUUUACAUUGAUGUUCACGUUUAUGUUGAUAUUCACGUUGAUUUUGACGUUAACAUUGACGUUGACAUUUGCAUUGCUGUUCAUGUUGAUGUUGACAUUGACGUUUAUGUUAACAUUGAUGUGCACACUGACGUUUACAUUGACAUUCAUGCUGAUGUGUACGUUUACAUUGACGUUCAGGUUGACGUUGACAUAGAUAUUGUUAACGUUAAUGUUAAUGCUUAA